AUGUUUGACCACGACUCUUUGUUUCAAACAGAAAAUGGAGAAAAUGAUGCGGAAUUUCAAUAAUCUGAUUUCAAUUAAACCUACCAUUAACCAACCUCUAUGACAAAGUGUGAAACCAUCAAAAUUAAAGAAGAAGACAUCAAUUAUAAAAACUUUCCAAAAAUGAUUGGGAACAAUAUUGUUAAAUGGAUUAAAAAAAAUAAAUAUUCGAAACAACCUAAUUAUAUUCCUAAAGGAUUUAAGGGAUUGAUUGAAUUGAGAGAAAGAGAAAAAUAAUCUAAAAUAAAGAUUAAAGACUUAAGAGAUACUAUAAUUGAUGAUACUGAAUCACAAACUUUAUUUUAAGAAUACAUUUCUGAUCAAUUAUUCUUAGAUUUAAUAUUUAGCAAUAAAGUUGCUGAUCCAUUCUCUUAUAUACCUGGAAUUAGUAAUUACUAUUCUGCUGCUUAAGAACCAGAGAAAAUGAAAAGUAACUAUUUUAUGAGAAAGGAAUUCAUAAAUUAAGAAGUUCAAAUGUGA